AUGUUCCGCUUCUCCAACAAGCACAAGACUCCCAUCAGCACUUACACCGACUCCUACCGCCCACCAUGCUCUAUCAAAAAGACCAUGUACAAGCAGAGUUCACAGCAGCUCUGGAAGGAAAACAAAUUUGUGACGCAGGGAUUAACAUUGCCCCCAGUCCAAAAUCCAGCGAGCCAAGGUGAGCCCGAGCAUCUGAUUAAGGUGGCCAUGCAGGAGCACUACAGGAACACCAUCGACGCCGCUACUUAUUGGACCAACAAGUACUGUCUGGCCAGGUCUGAAGAGAAGUACAAGCCAGUUUUUGUCAACGAGGACAAAUACAUCACGUGGAGAACAUGUCCCUACAACAGCGCAGCCUGGAAUAAGCACUCCUGUUACCUCCCCCUCCUGCCCAGGGAGACAAGGGUGGAGACCUCCCUGAACAGCUUACCUGUGCCAUACUGCCUGAAACCCACCUGCCUCAGUGAAUUUGAGAGGGAGAUGGUUGCCAACAUGGCGCACAGGCUGCCCUUGUACACCGUGACGGGGAGGGGAUGCUUCCACGGCUACUACAGCCCCUGCUCUGGGCGCCACUACUGGCUGCGAGGGAUGGACUACUACGUUGAUGGGGCCUCUCCCAUCAGAAGACAUCACCGUGCACUAGGAGAGAGGACUAAGUAUCCUGUGGUGCAGUCACAGCCCCAGAGCAAUGUUGUGUGGGACACAAGCCACUUCGUGACAACAGGAGGAGUCCAGGGAGGGACCUACAUCAUCCACCCCGAGUUUACCUCAGAGGCUUACUCUGCCCUGUGUCACUGGUGAAGAACAAAGAUGGGCUUGCAUUAAAACUGGCUUGAGCAAUCAUUCCCCUCAGACCCUUUCCUACAGGCUGGGGAAGUUCCCAGGGAGAGGGGAGAAACUUUAGGGACUGCUGGCUUGCUGGGCACCCCCGGCAGGGGCUGGUACCCUGCCACCACCCACAGGCUGGAGACCACGCAAGCACGCAAGGAAAAUCUCUCAGAGCAUAGUAACACAGCCAGAAAUAGAAGCAGUCAUUGAUACCCGUGUUUGCCGGCUUCACGCUGGGCUGCU